AAUUCAUCGGAUUAAAGGCAUUCAAAUACAUAAUUCUGUGACGAUUGAUGUAUUUUUCAACAAACUUGAAAUUUCAUCAUCACUACUAAUUAAACACGUAAUAACUCAGAUCUUAAUUAAAAGUAAACCCCAAAAAUAACAAAACUAGCCAUAUUAGGCGACCCAUUUCAACCAACUCCCCAUAUAUAAACACCAUUCCUCACGAAUAUAACACCUUCUACAAUAAUUAAACAAGGAAGAAAAAAAUGAAAAUGAUGAACCCCUCUUUUUCAAUCAUCUUCAUAUUCUACAUAUCCACCACCAUCCACCUCUCCUCCUCCUCGAGCCUCCUCAUCAACACCACCUGUGAAUCCAUGGCCGCCGACAGCCCCAACAUCAAGUACGGCUUCUGCGCGACAUCCCUGCAGGCAGCCCCGGCCAGCAGCUGCGCGUCGACGCGGGGGCUGGCCACCAUCGCCAUCCGCGCCCUGCGAUACAACGUGACCGACACGCGCUGCUUCAUCAAGCAGCUACUGAAGAGGCGGAGCUGGGACGCCUACGUGAGGAAGUGCCUCGGCGACUGCUUCGACCUCUACUCGGACGCCAUCCCCACCGUCAAGCAGGCCAUGAGGUCCUACAACGAGAGGCGCUUCGACGACGCCAACGUCCAGCUAAGCUCCGUCAUGGACGCCGCCACCACCUGCGAGGACAGUUUUACAGAUGGUGACGGCGUCGUUUCGCCUCUCACAAAGCAGAAUGCAGACGCUUUCCAGAUCGGGGCGAUGGCACUGUCUGUCGUCGGUAUGAUUCGGACGGGAUCGGGCUGAUUUUUCAGUCUUCGCUUAUCUGUGUUUAUGUAUUGCUUUUGUUUAUGUUCGAUCAUGUUAUUACCUUGAUGUGAAAAAGAUACAAUUUGUGUACUAAUUUGCGAACCGAGUCUUGAUAUUUGCUGUAUGAUAAA